UGGACGCGACGUUAACUGGGAGAAUGGAUGCAACGUUUAGGAGAACGAUGACAAAUUUAACGGAUGUUUUGUUUCCAGUUAAAAAAGAUGCCAGAGAUCCCCAACGUGUCCAGCUGUUAAAAACGGGUAAUGAAUAUGUUACCAAUCUUCCACUGCAGAUGGCACUGUACUUCAAUGUGUUCUUCUCUCCGCUGUGGGCUAUUAGCAGCAUUGUCAUUUUAGCAGCAAAAUUUGACUCGUUGGACGUUCUCUACCAGAUCAUACUGACAGCAGUGUAUGUUGCCUACAUGGUUAUAGAAAUCAUUCGCCUUUACCUUGGCUAUGUGGGAAAUUUAAUGGAGCGGGUGCCUGAGUUAGCUGGAUUUUGGUUACUUACAUUACUUCUUCAGUUCCCAUUGAUUGCAGUGCUACUGUUGAAUGAACAGUCUAAGAUUCUCCCACUAGAACGAGCCAUGCAUAUUGUGAAAGCUCUUUUUAUAGUUUUUGAAAUGAUCUGUGGAUAUUUUGCCAUAAGGAUCAUGGUUGACUACCAGGUGACAAAAUUCCACCUGCAACAAUUUACGGAUAUGCAUUUGGAAAAAAUUGAAGCUCCCAAAAAUACAUAUUACCCAGAAACAAGAUACAAUUGUUGAGCAUAUUGGCAAAUCCAUGCAGUUAAGAAAACGGCAACAGAAAUGUCUGGGGAAAAACAUAGAAGAAUUAAAAACUCCACAGCAAUCUCAUGGUUCGAAGUUUAACAUGGCACUGACGGAAAGUGUUGUGCUUGUGCUCCUUAAUUGCCGUUGUGCCACGAAAAUCAAACAUUGUCAACGACAAGAAAAAUGUUGUGCAGGGAACAUUUAGUUCAGUAUUGCGUCGCAGUUCGCUAUGCAAGAUUCAGAGAUCACUACACUAUUUUAAAAGACUAAACAGUAGUUGCUAAUCAGUUUUCACUUUACUAGCAAUAUUGCUAAUCAAAAUUCCGAAAACAAAAUAUUCCCUGUUGUGGCAUCGUACUUGGUUUGCCAGCAUGCCCUUUCCAUACACCAAUACAUUCAUACAUGUGGAUUCUUAAUUGCGGACAUUCACAAAAUAAUUGACAGUUUAAUGAAACCCUAUCUCUCUCCCCCCCCCCCCCCCUUCAAAAAAAUUUAUAUCAAUUUUUUUAACCAAAUAUGCUUGCAACAACUUUUGCCUGGGUAUCCCUUCAACAUGCCUUGCAGUCCCAUUUUGUGUUAUUAACCCAAAGGCAACACUUUCCAUGUUUCGAAUUUUAUAAAAAAAGAGGUUUUUUUAGUCUUUAUACCUUUACAUUUAGUCAGUCCCCUUGAAUCAAGUUCAGCCUGAGUCCACUUUGUAUAUACACAUUUAAAUAUGUAUAUAAUUAAAUGUAUUAUAAUGUGUACUCUAUAAGCAAGCUUGAUUGCACCCAUAGUGUUCAGUGCUGGUCAAACAUUUUCUUGAUUUCUCGUGAAUAUCAUUUGUUAAUUCAUUCAUCAUUAAUUCAUUUCAUUUUAGUUAUAGAUCAAGUUUGAUUUUCGUGAGGAUUUACACAUUUUUGGCAGCUAUGGCCAGAUAAGUUUAUUUCAUUUCAACUUAUUUCGUUCUUAUAUCCAAUUAAGGUUCAAGCACGCUGUCCUGGACACACACCUCAGCUAUCUGGGCUCUCUGUCCAGGACAGAGGGGUAAUUGUUAGUGGUUAGU